AUGCAGGCGAAGGGGCAGGAAGAGCAGAAGGGCGAGGAGCUGAACCACUUUAUGCAGGUUCUGGAGGAGGAGUUUGCCCUGUGUCACGACAUGAGGGAAAAGAGGGAAGUAGACGACGCCUGGUUGGGAAAUGCAGAAGCGGAGGAGUUAGCGAACCACCGGGCAUACUACCUCCAGCUGCAGGAGGAGAAGAACGUCCAGGUGGAAGAAACAAAAUACGUCACGUCAUUACACAUGAGCAAAAAGUACAACCUUGAGCACAUUAAAGUCCUGGGGAUGGCAAAGAAGUUGGAGACCCUAUACUACGUCGUUAAUCAUGUUAGAAGUUUCAACACAUACCAGUUGACGGAGGAAGGAAAGGAGUACCUGCGCGACGGGUCCCCAGAAUACGUAACGUUGAAGUAUGUAGUGGAACAGCAAACAUGCAGCCUCGAAGAUCUGAAGAAGCUAUUUGGGAAAAAGGGAGAUAUUGGAUUGAAUAUUAAUUUAAAAAAAAAAAAAAUAGAACUUCGAAAAAGCGACAAAAGGUUAUGUCAUCAUGUGGAAGGUAGUGCGAACAGUCUAGUGGAUGAGACGAGGCGCCACCUCGACAUGGUAGAAACGCAUGGACAUGAUGAAGGUACACUUGUGUCUCACUUGAAGGACAUCGUGACAUGUGGAAAGAAGGACGAAGAGGUAAACAACCUGAUUAAAGAUUUGAAGAAGAGGAAAUUGAUUGAGGUGAAGAAAGUAUCCUACAUGUACAUUGUACGAACGAACCAUUUUACAAAAGAAAUUAAAAAACAGAUUACCGACCUCACCUACCUACUAAUAAAAAAUGAAGAAUAUAAAAAGUAUGAAGUAAAGAAAUAUAAUUUUUUUUCUAGUGGGAAAAAAAUGAAUAAGGGGAAUGUCCAUUUAUUAAUUAAGCAAAUGAGGACAUUCAAAGAAGUUUUUAUUUCCCUCGGAUUUGAAGAAAUGGAUACACACAAUUAUGUGGAAUCUUCUUUUUGGUGCUUCGAUGCUCUGUACAUCCCUCAGCAGCACCCCAGUAGGGAUCUGCAGGACACAUUUUUUAUUGAAGCUCCUGAGUUAUGCAAGGACAAUUUCACAGACCAGAGUUACAUUGAUAAUGUGAAGCGUGUUCAUUCUGUGGGAGAUUAUGGAAGCUUUGGAUGGAAUUACCCUUGGGAAUUGAAGAGCACCAAAAAGAAUGUCCUCAGAACCCACACCACGGCUAAUUCCUGUAGAGCCUUAUACCAGCUAGCCAAAGAAUAUCAAAAAACGGGUUCUAUAAUUCCAAAAAAAUAUUUUAGUAUAGAUAGGGUAUUCAGAAAUGAAAAUCUAGACAGUACCCAUCUGGCUGAAUUUCAUCAGGUGGAAGGACUCAUCAUUGAUAAGAAUUUGGGUCUGUCUCAUUUGAUUGGCACUUUGGGGGCCUUUUACAAAUACAUUGGUAUUUCGAAGCUUCGGUUCAAGCCGACUUUCAACCCUUACACGGAGCCUUCCAUGGAGGUGUACGGGUACCAUGAGGAAAAUAAAAAGUGGAUGGAGGUUGGCAACAGUGGCAUUUUCCGCCCUGAGAUGCUGCGCGCCAUGGGCUUCCCUGCGGAGGUGUCCGUCAUCGCCUGGGGUCUUAGCCUCGAGCGACCCACCAUGAUAAAGUACAAUAUUCGGAACAUCAGGGACCUCUUCGGCUACCGUAGUGUGCUGUGA